ACAUUAUUUACAUUAUAAAUAUGUUAUAAUUACACAAUUAUAUGCAGAUUAACAGUAUUAUUAUUAACAGUAAUAAUCAAGUUAUUUCCACAGCUGCAAUGUGGAUGAGACUGGUUCAGUCGUGAUCAUUCUACAUGUGAAAUUAACACACUGACACACCUUUGUGAAGGUUCAGUUCAGCAAUUACAAAUAUGAGUCUUUUUAAUUGUACAGAUACUUAGUUCUGAGUAAUAGAGUGGGUCUGUAGCGAGGCCGGUGCAUCAAAGCAGAGCAGUUUACCUCAUUCUCCAUAUAAAAGGUGGUAACGCUUGCCAAUGUAUUGCUAUUGGCGUGGGCCAUUUAAUCCAAUCUAAUAACAAAAUGAGGUUUCUGGCAAGUACCUUCUAUCAUGACCUGAACAAUUUAGUAGAAUCUUCCAAAUUUAGCCCGAUAAAAUUUAGCUUCAGCCCCCGUAAGAAACUGUGUUCGGUGUGGAAGCCCUUUUUCUGUCAAGACAUAAAGCUUGUGUUCAGUAUCCUCUCCUGGCUCAGAUGAAAAAGUUCACUUUCUAUAAAAAAGCCUCAGACUCCUGCUAGUGUAAAUGUUUUUGGAAGAUAGUUUUACCGAUGCACAUCUCCGGUGGCAGUGCUUACACGGCAUGCCAAAUUUCAUGGGUCUGUGUCGAAAAUGAAACAUUAAAACCUAUUUAUGAGACGUAUUGUAAACUUCAACAUGACUUUAGUAUAAAAGUAUCCUCAGAAAGCACUUUGUCAUGGAAAUGAUGUCACUGCCACAGGGCCGGGGCAGAGGGAGAGGGAGGGGCAGAGGCCGUGGCUCGCCUAGACAGGUGGGCUUCCAGGACCUUCCACCGGAGGAGGAGGAGGAGGAAGAGGAGCCCGCCGAGGAUGAGGUGGCUCCUGCUGAGGCCGAGGUAGAAGCUACUCCUACUACCUCUCCAUGGAAGAAGGCCAAGGUGUUUGGCAUGUUUGGCAAGGAGUACGCCAGGCUGACGUCCGCACGGCGCAUCGGCAGCCAGGAGAGCCUGACGGGGGGCCCUAGCACGCAGCCGCAGCCGGAGCCAGAGACAGCCCGCAGCCGGCUGGGCAAAGCGCUGAAGCGCAUCAGCAUUGGGGCCAAGCUGAAGGCCAGACGCAAGUCCCAGAGCAGCAUGAGCAGGAGCGGCACCGAGGGCGAGGAGGACGAGAAGAAGUCCAAGGUGUCCAUCAGCGUGAGCGAGCCUGAGGCCAGUGGGAGUGGCUCCGAGGUAGAAGACCGCAAAAAGAAGAAGGAGGAGAAGAAGAAGAAGAAGAGGGGAUCAGACGAGGAGGAUGAAGAUGAAGACGAGGAGGAGGCAACCGAGAAGAGCAGCGUGGCAGAAUCCUCAGAGGAUAAGGAUUACCUCAAGGUUGAUCUGGACCGAGAUGACGCCCUGGAGAGCACGGUGGACUCAGAGUCUGAGCCUGAGGAGCCUGGGGAUUCAGACGAGGAGAGCAAGUCCAAGUCCGAGAAGGAAUCUGGAUCCGAGAAGGAAUCGGGAACAGAGAAAGGAUCUGAAUCGGAGUCAGAGAAAGCAUCUGGAUCUGGAUCUGGAUCAGGAUCAGGAUCAGGAUCUGGAUCUGGAUCUGGAUCAGGAUCAGGAUCAGGAUCAGAGAAAGAGUCUGGCACAGAGAAAGGGUCAGAGUCAGAAAAGGAGUCCGAAUCAGAGAAAGAGUCAGGAUCUGAGAAGGCUUCAAGCUCGGAAAAGGAAUCAGGAACUGAAAAAGAAUCUGGCGUGGAGAAAGAGUCGGGAUCCGAGGAGGAGUCAGGCACUGAGAAGGGCUCAGAGGAAGGAUCUGAGGAAGAGGAGGACGAAGACGAAGAUAAAAGCACAGUGUCUGGGACACCUCCGGGCAGUGGCACAGCCGGGGAAAGUGGUGAUGCAAGUGGCUCAGAGAGUGCCAGUGGUAGCGGUAGUGGUAGCGGUAGCGGUAGUGGUAGCGGUAGCGGUAGCGGCAGUGGUAGCGGUAGCGGCAGUGCUGCUGAGAGCGGUAGUGCUGCUGAGAGCGGUAGUGCCGCGGAGGGCAGCGAGGGUGGCUCCCAGGUGUCCUCUGCCCGCUCCUCCGUGAGGUCCAGUGCCGUUGCCAGCAGCAAAGGCGCCUCGGAGAGCGAGGGCGAGAGCGGCACGGGCACGGGCGGAAGCUCCAUGGAGGGUGCCUCCGAGGCGGAGGCUACCGAGGACGAGGACCUGGGCUCUGACGCCAGCUCUGCCAUCAGCGAGGGGAGCUCCACCAGCCGACGCUCGCACAAGUCCGCUGUCACCCACAGCUCCCAGGAGCCCCUUGAUGAGGAGGGCGUGGAGGAGGAGGAAGAGGAGGAGGAGGAGGAGGAAGGGACAGAGGCGGAGGAGAGUAAGGAGUCGGCGGACGAGCUUAGCGACAGUGGCGUGUCACAAAGAUCCAGUGUGUAUUCACCCAGGGGAAGUCCCUACGCCACCGAAGCCAGCAUGACGGCGAGCUCAGAGGAAGGCUUUGGAGGACUGUCACCCAUCACAGAGGUGGACGAGGAUGCACUGACACAGGACAGUGAGACAGAAGGUGACUCCACUGCCUUUUGAUGAAGAGAAAAACUAGAAGGUUGGAAGUAAGACUUUAACUCAGUUUGGUUUGGAGUGGAUUGGAGUGGUUUGGUUUGGUUUGGUUUGCUCAUACUGAGGAAUGGACUGCGGCCUUCUGGUCUCACAAUUUCUCUUCUAUCCUCAUAAAUCUCUGUAAAGCAGAAACAACUUCUUCAACUUCUCUUGUGUAGACAACUGUCUGAUAUUUUUUCUCUCUCUGGAAAAGAACAUUCUUUGCUUAAACCUUUUGGUUUCCUUAGACUGGAACCAGUUUUCAUCUUCAGGCUUCUAUCUC